UUCUUUUGACACACUAUUCUUCGUUAUAAAUAUAGGUUAGAGUGAAACACGUUUCACUUGGUGUAAUGUUAUACUUUUAUUAGUUAGGAGAUGGGAAAUUAUAAGAUUCUUAAUAUUGUGUGUGUUGCGGUAUUAUCGUUUCAUAUCAGAGGAUCGCAAUCAAGAAGCCUUAAUGAUGAUGAAUCAGGACACAGCAUCUCUAAAAAAAACAUAGGAGACUGGAUAACAGAUUGCUAUUGUUUUCCUAUAUCAGUUAAAGGAACAUAUGUCUCGGAAUUUUUGCCAUCUAAUGAUGAACAGGAAAGGCUAGUUGUUUACUUAUACAAGAAUAAAAAAACUGACGAGUUGACGUCUUACAUACCAAAUUGGAAGAAACAAAGCGUUUUCCCGGACUUGACAUUUGAUAUUGGUGAUACGCUGCAAACCAUUGCAGCUGAUGGAGUCAUCAGUCUAUUUGACAUUGCAAAACCAGAAGGAUUAGAAGAGACGACAGUGGCAAAUGUGCAAUUAGAAAUACCGAGUGUUCCUACAUCUGAUAAUCAACAUAAGAAUGAUAAUGACGCUUCGUCUCAAGGCUUAAAUUUAAUUACUGAAGAGGAAAUUCCUUCAGAAGAAUUAACAGUACCUACAGUUUCAUCUAACAGUGAUGAUAAAAUAACUACUGGUGUUACUAUGAAUCCGGAUCAAAACUUACUACUAGGAAACAAACAGUUGCCAUUAAAUGAUACUUUUACUAUACCUGAGAGAAACUUUACGCUUUUAGAACUUCAAAAUCAGGAGGCGCCUGAUAUAGGCAAUGGUUUAUUUUCACAUGAUUUACCUGAAAAACUUGGAACAGAAGGGCAAACAAUAAUAACAAAUGAACCUAAUCAAAUGUUAACGCCACUAUUCAAUGAUACUUUUACUAUACCUGAGAGAAACUAUACACUUUCAGAACUUCAAAAUCAGCAGAUGCCUGAUAUAGUCAAUGGUUUAUUUUCACAUGAUUUACCUGGAAAACUUGUAACAGAAGGGCAAACAAUAAUAACAAAUGAACCUAAUCAAAUGCUAACACCACUAUUAAAUGAUACUUUUACUAUACCUGAGAGAAACUAUACACUUUCAGAACUUCAAAAUCAGCAGAUGCCUGAUAUAGUCAAUGGUUUAUUUUCACAUGUUUUACCUGAAAAACUUGGAACAGAAGGGCAAACAAUAAUAACAAAUGAACCUAAUCAAAUGUUAACGCCACUAUUCAAUGAUACUUUUACUAUACCUGAGAGAAACUAUACACUUUUAGAACUUCAAAAUCAGCAGAUGCCUGAUAUAGUCAAUGGUUUAUUUUCACAUGUUUUACCUGAAAAACUUGGAACAGAAGGGCAAACAAUAAUAACAAAUGAACCUAAUCAAAUGUUAACGCCACUAUUCAAUGAUACUUUUACUAUACCUGAGAGAAACUAUACACUUUUAGAACUUCAAAAUCAGCAGAUGCCUGAUAUAGUCAAUGGUUUAUUUUCACAUGUUUUACCUGAAAAACUUGGAACAGAAGGGCAAACAAUAAUAACAAAUGAACCUAAUCAAAUGCUAACGCCACUAUCAAAUGAUACUUUUACUAUACCUGAGAGAAACUUUACGCUUUUAGAACUUCAAAAUCAGCAGAUGCCUGAUAUAGUCAAUGGUUUAUUUUCACAUGUUUUACCUGAAAAACUUGGAACAGAAGGGCAAACAAUAAUAACAAAUGAACCUAAUCAAAUUCUAACGCCACAAGUAAUUCAAAAUCAACAGACACUUCUUAUACCCGAUAGCUUAACUGCAAAUCUUAUACCCGCGAAACCUGGAGCAGCAGAUGAAAUAACAAUAAUAAACUCACCUGAAUAUCACAGUCAAAUACCCAACAAAAUUGAAAAUCAAGAAUUAAAUCCACCUUUAAGCCAACAAAAUUCAGAAAAAUUAACAGUACCUACAGUUUCGCCUGACAAUGAUAGUAAAAUAACUACCAGUGUUAAUAUAAAUCCGAAUCUAAGCUUAUCUCUAGGAAACAAACAGAAGCCAUUAAAAGGUACUACUGUUACAGUACAACUUAAUCAAAACCUUAAACCUUCAGAAAUUCAAAAUCAGCAAGCACCUGUUACAGUCGAUGGUUUAUUUGCAAAUCGCCUACCUGGAAAACUUGAAUCAGCAGGGAAUACAAUAAUAAUGAACUCACCUGAGCAAUAUAUUCAAAUACCCAACAAAAUUAAAUAUCUAGAAUUAAAUCCACCUUCGGGACAACAAAAUCAGUUGAUGGGAGAGAAGUCUCAUGUAUCUAAUAACCUAGUCGACGAAGUAGGAUAUGUACCAAGUGAAUAUAAAACUCCAAUAUUUAAUAACUGGUUUAAUAAGCAGGUGUUAAACAUACGCUCACAAAGACCUUCUAUUUCAGAUGCAAUAAAUUUGCAAGCACUUAAGCUUAAACCACUUUUAAUAAAAGCUUUGUAUGAAAACGGAAUUCACCCUACCAAAAAUGGAGACCUGUAUGACUCUAAUGGAAAUAUUUUGAAAAUGGCAAACUUAAAACUACGUCCUAUUUUAUUGGGUGAUCCUAUCGAAUUCGAGAAGUUAAUAGCCACUAAAAAAUGUAUAAUACCGUAUGAUUUACCUUUUCUAGAAGCCAUUCUCCUAACUUUGAUUUACCCACCAAGAAUUUUGGCGAUAAUACCUUUGGACCUAAAAAAUGUUUUUAUUGAUACAGUACCAGGUACUUCAAAAAUGUGUGGGCAAUCAGGGUGUGACUCAAAUAAGAGCUCCCACUCAGAUUUUUCCGUGAACGAAGAGAAUGCUUUAGACACAAAUGAUAAUAUACGUAAAGAUGAUGUAGAUUUAUAUACAGCCGAAAAAACAUUAGAACACAGGGAUCCAAUAUAUCCAAAUAAUAAAGAAUCUAAAGACGCUUAUCCAUAUGUGGGUGCCAUUAAUGAUCCACCUGUACGUUUAAGCCCAAAACCAAAGUAUGACGAUCAAUAUAGCUUUCAGCUUACAAUACCAAAUGGCCGAAGAAUGCCAGGUAAAAAGUUUAUGUACGUAAACAAUUUCACUCCUAAAGCUUCUAAGAAUAAGAAAACAAACAAACAAGAGGAAACAAGCCUAAAAAGAGCCUUUAAUGUAAACAAAGCUAAUGGAGAAAAUAAUGAAGAAGCACUCACAGCUGAAGAAUUUGAUGGAACAAUCGGAAAGUAUGAGCCAAUAUAUAUGAAUAACAUGGCAUCAAAAUAUGAUACUCGAAAUAGCUUACUUCAAACAAGAGUACCAAAUAAUCGAAAAAUAUAUGGUAGAAAACCGAAAUUAUUACGGACCCGGCCAAUACCUGCUAGAGAAAUCAUUUAUUUAGACGAAGAUGGUAAUAUAAAGGGAAGGAAAGCAAUAGAGGAUUUUGAUGAUUCACAGGAAACUCCUGCAAAAUUCGAUGAAGAGGAUUAUGAAGACAUGUUGCACAUAAAAAUUAUUGGUGGAAACCCGGCAACCAGCAGUGGAACACCAGUUAGCAGUAGGGGCAGGUAAAAUUCAUGUAUCGCGCCCUCUAUGUGUAUUAGUGUUAAUUAUCACGAAAAUCUGGAGCAAGAAUUUUCCAAAUGGAAAGACGCACUCAACGCUAGAGGGACUACGGAGUACGCGGUUUGACGUAAUAAUGACGUAAUCCACAAGAUGUCGCCACAGACUUUUUUUAUCGAGCUUCCUAAUCGAUACGAUAGAUGGCAGUGUACCAUGUUUAAAAUAAAAUGUGUUUUUUUA